CCUCGACCGACCUCACAACGGCGGCAAACCAGGGUCGCGUUUCGCUGGACGGCUCUGCACCCCAAGAGUACUCGCUCGCGCAGAAUCAGGUUAGCGAUAGUUACUAUCAGAAUCCAGCACCGAUCAGCAGCAUGAACCAGACGCAACCAUACAUGGACGUUCAUUCUUCGCAUUUGUCAUCUGGCCAGCCUUAUGCCUCGCAUGCUGCCACCGCUGGGGGCAUUGCUCACUACCCGCAAUACCACCAGCAGCCGCCGGUUCUGCAGCCAGCAUCCACGACAUAUGGGCCGGCCGGCUCCUAUGCCCCGUAUGCCUAUCCAGGCGGCGUAGCUUCAUCCCAGCCUGGCCUCCAGCCCCCAACGACAUCUCUGAGUGGCCAGGUCCCGGCUCAAUUGCUGCCCCUACCCGUGACAAGCCAUGCGGUGGCAACUCAAAACUAUGGCAAUUCAACCGGCGCCCCUGCGCAGGGCUUCGUGUACGAUCUCACCGGCCAGAUCGCUCCGCCGGGAUCGAAGCCACGCGUGACCGCCACACUGUGGGAGGAUGAGGGAAGCCUCUGCUAUCAGGUUGAAGCCAAAGGAGUCUGUGUUGCUCGACGUGAAGACAACUCAAUGAUCAAUGGCACGAAGCUUCUGAAUGUGGCGGGAAUGACCCGCGGGCGUCGUGAUGGGAUUCUGAAAAGCGAAAAGAUCCGUCAUGUUGUCAAGAUUGGCCCCAUGCACCUCAAGGGCGUUUGGAUUCCUUUCGAGCGGGCCCUCGAGUUCGCUAACAAGGAGAAAAUUACAGACUUGCUGUAUCCGUUGUUUGUUCACAACAUUGGGGGACUGUUGUAUCACCCGACAAACACAAGCAGAACUAAUCUAGUUGUGCAAGAGUCUCAGCAGCGGCGCAUGGAGGGCUCUCAAGCAGCCGCACGUACGUCUCAGGGGCCUCAGCCGCCUACUUUACAUCAUCAUCAUCAUUCUCUGCAAGCUGGUGUGCCGUCGCACAUGGCUCAACCCCCCACAGUGGCCUCGCAACAAGGUGGAAGGCCGGGGCUUGACCGGGCUCAUACUUUCCCCACUCCUCCUGCGAGUGCCUCGAGUCUCAUGGGUAUUACCAACUCCAACACCUCAUACGACUGGAACAACCAGGGAAUGCCAUCAGGUGUGCCCAACUCUCAGCCUCUCUCCAUUGACACGGCUUUGAGCAACGCCCGCUCGAUGCCAACCACACCAGCUACAACUCCACCAGGGAAUAACAUGCAAGGAAUGCAAUCGUUUCAGGGUCAGCCAGGCUACGACUCCAAGCCUUAUUACUCUGCGGCGCCGUCCUCUCACCCUCACUAUGCAUCGCAACCGAGUGGCAUGGCACCCUACGGGCAGACGAUGUCCUCUACCCCUUACCUGAAGAGUGAACCGUACCUGAAGAGCGAGCCAUAUCUGAAGAGUGAGAUGGGUCCGCCCUCAAGCCGUACGCCGGGCGCACAGCCGGAAGGAGAGUCGACUGAUGUCAAGCCCGAACGGUAUACCCAGAGCAAUGGGCAUGUGACCAGCGCUGGAAAUGAAUCGGUUGCGGAGCAUGAGUCGGAAUACGUGCAGCAUGACAAUUCCGGCUACAAUACCAGCCGCGGUUCCUACACCUAUACCACCAAUCCAUCUGUGGGCAGCCUAACCGGAGACCAUUCUCAGCUCACACCCGAGAUCACUGGCUCUCCUACACAGCAGAACGGCUCCGGAAGAAUGACCCCGCGCACCAGUGGUGGUCCUCCGCCAUGGGGCUCUGGGUACAGUACCCCCCCGCGCCCUGCGGCUGCCAGUAGUCUCUACAACAUUGUCAGCGACACGCGCGGAACGUCUAACAACGGUGCCACCUCGGACAAUUACUCGGUCCCCAAUCCAACCUCGGGAUAUUCAAAUUGUCUCAAUGGUUCGAUCGGUUCCACCAAGCGGAUGAGGGAAGAUGACGAGGUGGACCGAAUUGCCCGCCCUGACAGUCGGGGCCCCGACUUUGAGAGCAAGCGGCGUAAGACGCUUAGCGAGACCUCUGUCGGAGGGCCUGUUGGCGGUGCUGCUCUUGGAUUGCAGCCCAUGAAGGCAGGGGGUGUCAUGCCUCGUCGUCGGUGACCGGUGCGGGCCCUGAAGGGAGACACAAUCGCGAAUUAAGAGGGAAAGAAAAAAGGAAAAAUUCAAUCACGAAAAGCACGAUCUUUUCUUUGGAGAAAAGACAAAAUGUUUUCUUUGAAGGGUCUCUCUCUCUAAUGGCGUGUACUAUGGGGGUUUCGCUUUCUUCGC